AAACUAAAUCAAUAAAAUCCAAAACAAUCAUAAAGUUUUAAAUUUAAAAACUUGAAUUGAAAUUUCCCGCUUCUAAGAAUUAUAAUUAUAGCUAGAUUUGUUGUAAAAUAGCUCAUUAAGCAACACUAUGGGAUAGUUAUCGAUAUCCGAUAGAUUUAGAAAUUCAUAAAUAAAAGUGCACGCUGUUUUGUUGAUGAUUUAAUUUCAAUAAAAGCAGUGUAAUGGUGGAGCUAAAAAUGGGGGAUCAUAAUAUGGAAGCCACCGCCUGGGAUCCGGGCGAUAGCAAAGACUGGUCGAUGCCCAUUAAACCGCUGACUGAGAAGUGGAAACUGGUGCCGGCAUUUCUGCAGGUGAAAGGACUGGUGAAGCAGCACAUUGAUUCGUUCAAUCACUUCAUCAACGUGGACAUCAAGAAGAUUGUGAAGGCCAACGAACUGGUUACGAGUGGUGCUGACCCUCUGUUCUACCUGAAGUACCUGGACGUGAGGGUGGGCAAACCGGACAUCGAUGAGGGCUUCAACAUCACUAAAGCGACCACGCCGCACGAAUGCCGUCUGAGAGACACCACCUACUCUGCCCCCAUUAACGUAGACAUUGAGUAUACGCGGGGAACCCAGCGGAUCAAACGGAACAACUUGCUCAUCGGCAGGAUGCCGCUCAUGUUGCGCUGUUCCAACUGCGCCUUAACCGGAAAAUCAGAAUUCGAGUUGUCGAAGCUAAAUGAGUGUCCCUUAGAUCCUGGUGGCUACUUUGUUGUACGAGGUCAGGAAAAGGUCAUUCUCAUACAGGAACAGUUGUCCUGGAACAAAAUGCUUACCGAAGACUUCAACGGGGUGGUGCAGUGUCAGGUCACCUCCUCCACCCAUGAAAAGAAAUCGCGCACUUUGGUAUUGAGCAAACAUGGAAAGUACUACCUUAAGCACAACUCGAUGACGGAUGACAUACCUAUUGUGGUUAUAUUUAAAGCUUUAGGCGUAGUCUCCGAUCAGGAAAUACAGACGCUUAUUGGUAUAGACACCAAGUCGCAGAGUAGGUUCGGUGCCUCCCUUCUGGAAGCGUAUAAUCUGAAAGUCUUCACACAGCAAAGAGCUUUAGAGUACAUGGGUUCUAAGCUGGUGGUCAAGCGUUUCCAAAGUGCCACCACAAAAUCUCCAUCGGAAGAGGCGCGCGAGCUGCUAUUGACAACCAUCCUGGCUCACGUACCUGUGGACAACUUCCACUUUCAGAUGAAAGCAAUCUACGUGUCCAUGAUGGUGCGUCGUGUGAUGGCCGCCGAACUGGAUAAAACACUAUUCGACGAUCGCGAUUACUACGGCAACAAGCGACUAGAGUUGGCUGGUUCAUUGCUCUCCAUGAUGUUCGAGGAUCUGUUCAAGCGUAUGAAUUGGGAAUUGAAAACCAUUGCGGACAAAAAUAUACCCAAGGUAAAGGCGGCCCAGUUCGAUGUGGUCAAGCAUAUGCGGGCGGCACAAAUCACCGCGGGAUUAGAGUCGGCUAUAAGUUCUGGAAAUUGGACUAUUAAGCGAUUUAAGAUGGAAAGAGCUGGUGUAACGCAAGUUCUGUCGCGUCUGAGUUACAUAUCCGCCCUGGGAAUGAUGACCCGUGUGAACUCGCAGUUUGAGAAGACGCGAAAAGUUUCUGGUCCUCGAUCCCUACAGCCAAGUCAGUGGGGUAUGCUAUGUCCCUCGGACACACCUGAAGGCGAAGCUUGUGGUCUGGUAAAGAAUCUGGCUCUGAUGACACACAUUACCACCGAAGUUGAGGAGCGACCAGUAAUGACAGUGGCCUUUAACGCUGGCGUCGAGGAUAUAAGAGAAGUGAGCGGAAACCCCAUCAAUAAUCCGAAUGUAUUUCUGGUCUUUAUUAAUGGUAAUGUUCUGGGACUCACCUUGAACCACAAACACCUGGUGAGGAACCUACGCUACAUGCGCAGAAAGGGACGAAUGGGGAGCUAUGUGUCGGUGCACACAUCCUACACCCAGCGAUGCAUCUACAUCCACACGGAUGGUGGUCGUUUGUGCCGCCCUUACGUGAUUGUGGAGAACGGUCGUCCGCUGGUAAAGCAACAUCACCUUGACGAACUCAACAGAGGAAUUCGCAAGUUCGACGAUUUUCUCUUGGACGGACUUAUCGAGUAUUUGGAUGUGAACGAGGAGAACGAUUCGUUAAUCGCAUGGAAUGAAAAUCAAAUCGAGAAAGGCACUACGCACUUGGAAAUCGAACCCUUCACUUUGCUAGGAGUCUGUGCGGGCUUGGUACCAUAUCCACAUCACAAUCAGAGUCCCAGGAACACCUAUCAAUGUGCUAUGGGUAAGCAGGCGAUGGGAAUGAUUGGUUACAACCAGAAGAAUCGUAUCGAUUCGCUGAUGUACAAUCUGGUGUAUCCACACGCUCCCAUGGUGAAAUCCAAGACUAUUGAGCUAACCAACUUUGACAAACUGCCAGCAGGGCAGAAUGCCACGGUGGCCGUUAUGAGUUACUCCGGUUACGAUAUCGAGGAUGCUUUGAUAUUAAACAAGGCCUCUAUAGAUCGCGGUUAUGGACGUUGCCUGGUUUACAAAAACUCCAAGUGCACAGUGAAACGAUAUGCGAAUCAGACUUUCGAUAGGAUCAUGGGUCCCACGAAAGAAGCUCGCACUAAUAAGGUGCUUUUCACACACGAUGUUUUGGACACUGAUGGCAUUGUGGCUCCUGGCGAGCAGGUGCAGAACAAACAGAUCAUGAUCAACAAACAGAUGCCGGCAGUGACUUCAAUGAAUACACUGCAGGGUCAAUCCGCGGAGGUUACCUACAACCCUGUGCCCAUUAGUUAUAAAGGACCCGAACCGAGUUACAUUGAACGCGUGAUGGUUUCCGCCAAUUCGGAUGAAGACUUUCUUAUCAAGAUCCUACUGCGCCAGACUCGUAUUCCUGAGAUCGGCGAUAAAUUUAGCUCGCGGCAUGGACAAAAAGGUGUGACGGGAUUAAUUGUUGAACAGGAAGACAUGCCGUUUAAUGACUUUGGUAUCUGCCCGGAUAUGAUCAUGAAUCCUCAUGGUUUUCCCUCUCGUAUGACAGUUGGCAAAACCUUGGAGCUGCUUGGAGGUAAGGCUGGGCUAUUGGAAGGCAAGUUUCACUAUGGAACCGCCUUUGGAGGCUCCAAAGUGGAAGACAUUCAGGCGGAACUAGAACGCCACGGAUUUAAUUAUGUUGGCAAGGACUUUUUCUACUCUGGCAUUACUGGAACACCGCUGGAGGCUUACAUCUACUCGGGUCCCGUGUACUACCAGAAACUGAAGCACAUGGUGCAGGACAAGAUGCAUGCCCGUGCUCGAGGGCCCAAGGCUGUACUCACGCGUCAGCCAACGCAGGGUAGGAGUCGUGAGGGUGGCCUCCGUCUGGGUGAAAUGGAGCGAGAUUGCCUUAUAUCUUAUGGAGCUAGUAUGCUGAUUAUGGAGCGUCUGAUGAUAUCUUCGGAUUCUUUUGAGGUCGAUGUCUGCAGGACUUGCGGACGAUUAGCCUACUGCUCUUGGUGUCAUUACUGCAAGUCCUCGGCCCAUGUCUCCAAAAUAUCCAUGCCGUAUGCUUGCAAAUUGCUCUUCCAAGAGUUAACCAGCAUGAAUGUGGUGCCCAAGAUGAUUUUGGAAAACUAUUAAUAUGAUUAGUUUUGUCUGAGACCGAAUAAAGUUUUUGUUAUUAUGUAA